ACAGCUGCGGAAUGUAAUAACACACCUUCAUCUCUCUCUCUCUCUCUCUCUGAUCUCUCUUUCUCAGAUGGACGAUGAAUUGAGCCGCCGGCGAGAUCCCGGCGGCGACAGGCCAAGCACCAUGUUGGGCGCAUGCAGAGAUUCUCACACCAUCACAAAACCAAGAACAGGAGGGGCAACUACAACCAAGCUCCCAUCACCUGCCGUCAGAAUCAUUCACGUUUUUUCACCGGAGAUAAUCAAAACAGACCCUGCCAAUUUCCGAGAACUGGUUCAGAAACUCACAGGGAAGCCGACGCCCGCCACCUCCAAGUCGACGCGAAAAUCCGCAAAGAAACAGCAGCAAUCCGAUAUCACGUCAGAUGGACCAUCGUCUUCAUCAUCACCAGCAGCAGUUGAAGCAGAAACCGUAGCCGCUAAGGCCGUCAAAGAGGAGGAGGAGGAAGAGAUCUCAUGGAGAAUCGACAGUUCCAGCUUCGAACAGGAUCUUGGUGACAUAGACAGCUUCGUUGCCCGUCUCCUCCAUAUGGGUUCUUCGGACUUCUCAGAAUCUUCAUUGUUUCCAAUAGAAACCGACCACCACCUGUUCUAAACGGCUAACUCUUUAGAUCACAAGACGCAGAUGGAGCAAUAGAGGUUAUAGACAUGGAAAGGGAAAAACAAAAAGGAUGGAAAAGAGUUGUUUCUUUUGAAUUUUCCGGAUGCCAUUUGUAUAGGAUCCAUGAAUGGAGUAUUCGGGGUAUUGGA